UAGAAUGUUGGGAUUUUUUGUUUUUCUUGGCCUUGCUGUCGUCACCCACUGUUUUGAACAACAGGAUGUUGACCAUAUCGAUCUAAAUGGCAAGACCUGCACCAGCAACAGUGACUGUGAACCUGACGAAUGUUGCCAAAAGCUCAUAGAGAACCAGAUGUCAAGCAGAAAACGGGCAGCCGAGGUGCCGGGUCAAAGGUCAACCCUGAAGAACAAAACAGGAACUUGUCAAAAGUACAAGCUGGACGGUGACGUGUGUUUCAUAGUUGACGUCACUAACGGCUACUGCGGCUGUAAGCCAGGCUCUACGUGCCAACAGGCCAAAUCAAACAAGUCCCGCAACCCCAGGAUGGUGGCUUUCCCAGACGACUACUAUGAAUGGCUAAACGUCUGCAGAGUCGAAAGUGAAGCCGAAGUCAAACUCUGCAGCUCCGACUCCGAGUGUCUCCCAGAUGAAUGUUGCCAGAAUCCAAAUAAGGUUCAACUGGCCAGCAGAAAAAGGGAGGCUACUCGUGUCCUCGCGACAGUGGCCACAAUGACUAAGUUAGCAGGCACUUGCCAGAAGUACACGCGACCCGGCGAGUUCUGUGAUCAGUUUGCCAAGAUAAACGGCUUCUGUGGGUGCCAGUCUGGAACUGGGUGUACAGGCCGCGAGGUGCCGGCCACAGCCCCAGGGUCGGGCAAGGUGCCGGUCGAAGCAGCAGGCACCCGCGGGUCCACAGCCCCAGGGUCGGGCAAGGUGCCGGUCGACUACUCCAGAAGUCGGCGUGAUCUGAUGCCGUCACGGCCCGGCUACGUGUGGGAGUACACAUGUACGUCCAUCAGCCCAGCUGAGGGAGGUGUGUGAGGUGUGUGAGGUGUGUGAGGUGUGUGAGGUGUGUGAGGUGUGUGAGGUGUGUGACGUGUGUGACGUGUGUGACGUGUAUCGCCAGACGUGACACACGUCUUAGUGUGUCAACACGUCAUGUCGUGACGACAGAGAGAGUUGUGUUGUCACCUUUAAACGAACAAAAAAUGGGAUUACACAAAAUUAAGAAAAAGAAUGUUUGAACAUAAAAAUCAAGCGGAUAGUGGCGUGGAAUUAAACACAUUGCUCACACCUUACCGGAUUAUUGUACA